UACAGUUGCGGAAACUUGAAAAUACGAAACUUGAGGGGUUUUAGAAAGUCAACUAGGUAAACGGGAAUUUUUCUCGAUGUGUUUCUUUACAUCGCGAUUCUGCACAGAAGCAGUUCACCAAUAUCGAUCCUGUCAAUCAUUUCUAUUCAUGUCUUCCACACCGUACGAGGAGGGGAAUAAACAUCUGCAAAACGGUUGAUUUUUAAUGAAUUACGUUUCCCGCGUUCUCAAUUUCGAACAGUUGGCAGCCCCUAUCGAGUGCAUGGGAAGCAGUGGGAAGCAUACAAGCAGCGGUAGAUCAGGCACAAAGGCUGCCAGUCUUACGGACUUUAGAGUGAAGGAAAAGGGUGCCGAAAUUUGGAGUAUUCUGCUAUGCCGGCUCGAGUUUAUACUGGGAUCCCAUAAGACUAGCCGAUGUACAGGCUCGAUAAAGUAGCGGUGCUAAAGGCAGUCGACUCCGCUCGACACGGACGCACGGGGGCGGGGACCGGAAAUCAGAGUCGGCUGGUAUCGCAGGGUGAUGAUAACAGAGCGGCUAGGGUAUUACAAAUGUGGGAAUAAACGGUGUGCUGUUUCGCUCCUCUCACACCGCCCGGUGCUCCAGGUGUAUCGGGUAAAGGGGUAAACCUUUGUUCGAAAGCUCGCGUGUCGCUCAGGGGAGUUGAGCCGAGCCAAUCGACCGAAGGAGAGACACUCAAGAAAAUCGAGCCAGCGGUCGCGGCAGCCGCGAGCGGCGAAAACUGAAAACUGUGCGAACGCCGUCCGUGCGGCUGAAAUUCAUCGGCCAUAUUUGACAGAGCAAGAGAGAGACAGAGAGUGAGCGAGCGGGGGAGAAGGAAGAGAAGGCGGAGGAAUAGGAGGAGGGCGAACAAGCAGCAGAAGACUGAUUUGAAGCGAACGAGGUUCUAGGGGGGGCCCGCUUCAAACCGUCCGAAAUUCUCAGGAACGAGAGCUAAAAUCCUUGACGACCUAUCGCGCGAUUCAAAAAGAUCAUCGAGGAGCCGAGGACGUUCGAAUUACGCGGAUAACGGCCGUCCGUCCACCGCGAGCCCCUUUCAUCCCCCCCGUCUCUCUCACUUCCGCUGAUAAAGAGCGCUAACUAAUACGUAUACUCGGAUAAAAAGUAGCGAAGAAGGAGAAAUCGAAACAACUGAAAGAAGCAAGAAAUACAUCGCGCUCCGACGGACUACCCAUCCAAUCACGUUUUUCGUAUUUUAAUGUGGAAAUUCGUGAGACGCGAGUUAUCGAACUUGAGUUUCGGGCGGUGAUUGCGGCAAGAAGCAGGAAGACGAGAGCUGGGCGACCGACCCUUGUACAUAAUCGGGCAUAACAGCCCCGGCGUGUGUAAACUGUGCGUGUUUUCUCUCGGUGUUGUAUAAGUUAGUGCGCGUACGGCAGGCAGACGGGCAGGCAGGCAGGCAGAGGUUCUCGUUUCCUCUCUGUCGUUAACCAUUUUCCGUACAAACCUCCUCGUACGCCCUUUUCGCAUGGGGUCGAGGAGGUCGGCCGCGCGGCUUGCAAUUAAUCGUGAGAACAACGAUAGGAAAGAUUGAGAGGAGAGAAAAGUAACUGAAAACCUUUACGUGCGUGCGUGCGUGUGCGUGUGUGUGUGUGUGUGCUUCACUUUUUAUACUCAUAUAUGUGACCGUUGCAGUAACGUACUAGCUGUUAUCGUCUGCAAUCGCGAGUACACGAAUUCUGCGCUGAUACAAUUAGGGUAUUAGGUAUACCAUCCCCCUAACAAACAUGAGCUGUCAAAGGAAUCCGGGAAAAAUCACAGUGCCGGACGAUCUCCGGGACAUACUCCUCGAGUUCACCAUCAGCUAUCUGCUCGAGCAGCCCGGCGACAUCGUCGAUUACGCCGUCGACUUCUUCACGAGACUCAGGGAGACUCGUCAGACCCAGAUUAUAGCCCCCAGCCAGCAGCAGUCGAAUGCCCAGACAUGCUCAUCGACCCCCGACGAGUCGGUCGACGACGAACCACCGGUGGCGAGGUUCGCGACGAGAAGGAAGAGUGUUUUCGCAGAGACUUACAACCCGGAGGAGGAUGAAGAUGAGGAAGGCAUCAAGAUGGUGCAUCCGAAGAGCGAUCAGCAGCGGCUUAGGUUGGGUGAAAGCGUUAAGACCAUCCUGCUUUUCCGGGCCCUCGACAAGGAACAAAUGGCCGACGUGCUGGACGCGAUGUUUGAGAAAACGGUCGAAGCCGGUGAUUAUAUAAUACGGCAAGGGGACGACGGCGAUAAUUUCUAUGUCAUCGAAAAGGGUAAAUUUGAGGUUUACGUCAAGGAUCCGUCAGGUGCUGAUGUCCUGAUACACACCUAUGACAACAGCGGUGCCUUCGGCGAAUUGGCACUGCUCUACAACAUGCCAAGGGCGGCGACGAUCAAGGCCAUCACUCCUGGUACCCUGUGGGCGAUGGACAGGCAGACCUUCCGACGAAUCCUGCUAAAGUCUGCGUACAAGAAACGCAAGAUGUACGAGGAUCUGAUCAAUAAAGUUCCCAUGCUCAAGUCGCUCGAGAAUUAUGAACGCAUGAACCUGGCCGAUGCUCUGGCGCCAAAACACUUUGUCGAUGGCGAGCUUAUAAUAAAGCAAGGCGACAUCGCUGAUGGAAUGUAUUUCGUUGAGGACGGCGUGGUCAAAAUUACUAUUCUCGGUGAUAACGGUAGAGAAGUUGAGAUCAACCGCGUACCUGCCGGUGGCUACCUAGGUGAGUUAGCCCUGGUCACGCACAAGCCACGAGCGGCGUCAGCUUACGCGGUCGGCAACGUUAAGCUGGCAUUUCUGGACGUCGAGGCUUUUGAACGUCUCCUCGGCCCCUGCAUGGAAUUGAUGAAACGAAAUAUCGAGGACUAUGAAGACCAAUUGAUCAAGAUAUUUGGAAGCAAAACUAACAUCUCUGACGUUCGAUGAACAUCUUGAUGUCGACGACGAUUAUUCUUAUUCUUCUUCUUCCAAUAACACCACAACACACAACAACAACAACAACAAAACACGCAACCAUCGGCACAAAAUAUAGGAAAACAUGUAUGCGACAAACUUAAUUAAUUAAUUGAUCGACUACAUACGUAUAGAUACAUUAUAGACGUAUAAUCACACUUAGCAUGACUCUAAAAACGUCUAAACCAGAGUAAACUUUAAUCAAAAAAAAUAAAUAAAUAAAAAAAAACGAAGAAAAGUAGCAACAAAAAAAAAUUGAAUAAUCUACCACCGGCUUUGUUCAGCACCGAUUUUCAACCGCUACAUGAUCCUGAUAUAUUCUUGUCAAAAUCGCUAUUAUCGGUGUAUAUACAUGUACAUGUACGUACUCUUUCGGAUAAUGACAGAGUAUCAUUCGUCAUUUUAACUCAACAAUACUAUAAUACUUAAUUUAUUAUUUUUAUCUAGUUAUUUAUAUCGUACCCAUUGGGACCUCUCUCACUUUCUCUCUCGCUCUUUUCUCGAGUUAGUUUUAGGUUUCCAUUACUUUUUUUUUCGUUUUUUCAUUUUAUUUUUCAUCCCUAUUGUGUUUAUUACUUGUAUUAUUUCGUAUGAUCAAUCGAUCGUCUGAUCGGUACCCCGUUGUAUAAUAUUCAUUGGCUCUGUAAUGCUAGUAGACAUUAGAUCUGCCUAACUUUGAUUAUUCAGUUCGCUUGUGUGAAAAGUUGACAGUGUAAACAGGAAAGAAAAUACAAAGCACGGUUAUAUUGUACACAUGGUAUAUAACGUUCGAGUAUUAGUAUUAAAUCGUUUUCACGAAUCUCAACUUGGAAUACACGUUUCCAUGUUUUUUUAUCUCAGCAUAAAUUUUCCUCUACAUAACACGCGCGCGUCCUAACAAAACGAUAGUCUUAAUUAUGAAACACUUAUGAGAAAUGUAUAUUUAAGAAAUUUAUUUUCAAAACGGAAGCUACAAAUUCAGGGGGAAAAAAUUAAAGCAAGCCACAGUGAAUAAAUUUCUAUGUUGUUAUAUUCUUAUUUUCUCUUUCUUCUCUCCCUCUCUCCGUCUCUCAAUCUCUCUAGGAUUGAUCGGAGGGUGCGUGAUAUUUGGAAUUAUGAAAAUAAUGGGGCGUUUUUUUGCGUGAAGAGAAACAAGGGAUCAAGAGAGAAAACAAAGCACAGCAGAGGGAAAAAAUAUUAUACAGAAAGAAUUGAGAGUUUCAACAAAACAAUAAGUAGCCAAAGUUUUAAUGUUCAAGUCAAUGCUCAAGUCUUUUUUAAUGUCCAAAUAUUUUUAUUUGUUCUUCAAUCGUUUGGUUCUUACUCUUCCUUCUUGUCGUGUCUCUCGUUUUCAUUCGUCUCAAUUUACUACAACUAUACUUAAAUCCUACGAAACUGAUUCGGGCACAGGCUUUACACAGCGUAUUAAAACGAGCUUCAUCACUUUUUAAACUGAACUAUAAUUGAUAAUGCUCAUGUCGCACAAUACCUUACCAUCGUAAAUAUUAUAAUAUAAGCGAUAAUGCGAAUUUUCACACAAACUCUGUCCACCUUAAUAUUAAACACCCGUGUAUAUCUAAACUAUACUGUACUAUCUAUACAGCACUAUUAUUAAAACUAUUAUUAAACUAAAUUGAUGUCGUGGAAGAGGAUAGAAGAAGUGCAAAGGAAUAACAUAGGUACAUAUAUUCUGCUGGUGGAAUAAGUAUAUAUUAUCGAAACAAAUAUAUAUAUUUAUUAAUUUUUAAUCACACGCACUUAUGUUUGUGUAUUAUUAUUACUACAAAAACUAAGAGAAAAUAAGAAAGAUAUAUUAUCGUGCCAUUGUAAAGUUGUGAUAUUGUGUUACGAACGGGCGAGUUCACCGCUUCAUCUUCUGUCCUUCCUAAUCGUCGCCAAAUAAUUUUUUUCAAACUUUUCAAGCCUAAUUAUGAAAUCAACGUACGCUAAAUUAUCGACAAAAAUCCGCCCUGCAUAAAAAAAAAAAAAAAAAACUUACGUCUGUUAAUUGGCCUUUUAUUUAUUUAUUUAUUUAUUUAUAUUCUCUGAUUGUUACGAUAAUGACAACAUAAUUUACCGUCGCUUCUUUUUUUUCCUUUUUUCCCAUGCAUUUACCUUCCUUAAACUCUUUUUCUAUCUCUCUAACUAUCUCUUAGUGUUAAUAAGAAUAAAGUAUGUACACAUGUACAGAGGCGCGCAAAGCCCGCGUUCUUCACGGUGACAAUCUAAAAAGCAACAGGAAAAAAAAACAUGUUAUGAAGGAAUAAAUGGAUACAAUGAAUGUUUAAAAGUUGCAAAAAAAAUUAAAAUAAAAAUUACCAAAAAAAAUGAAUAAAAAAAAUUAAACAAAAACUCGCAAGAAAGAGAAACAAAUUUAAAAGAAUAACUCACUGCCAAUUACAGUUGAGAUUAUAAACAGUUUGUUGUUACGGGCUUAAAAUAUUGAGACGUCAUGAUUUGUCGUUUAAAAGAACUUGCUUUUCAACUAGCUGACUGUUUGUUGUAUUCCCUAUUUGAUGGUUGUAUAAAUCAGAAUCUGGCAGAAUGAAGGAUGAAAAAGAAAAUAAAUUUGAAAAAAAAAUAAAUAAAAAAUUAACCAAGAAAAUCGUAGUCAGUACUCAUCGUAUUGCGACGUAUAAUCAUAUUUCAAAACAUAUUUCUUCGUUCAAAAGGUCUGUAAUUAUCACGAAAACAGCUGUCAAGAUCGCCAAUCGUUUUCAACGAUGCAUAAAAUUUUUUAAUUUACUCCUUCAGAAUAAUGCACACGGAUAUGAAUAUUUUUAACAUAUUUCGAGCGUUCAAAUAAAUGGAAUGAAAAGAACUAAACUAAACGAAAAGAGACCGACACAUAUGAAUAGAUUUAUAAUAAAUGGACGAACCGCUUCCUAUUAUUCAUAUUAUAUUCAUUAUUUAUGUUAAGUGAAAGAAAGCAAAUUAAAAACUAUAUAUAUACAUCUAUAUAUAAAUAUUAUAAUAAAUUAAUGUAUAUUACUAAGAGAAAUAAGAAGGAAAACACUAAAAAGUAUAACAAAACUUUCCAGGGUUUUUUUUCUCCUUUUUUUUUAUAAUAUAUAUUAUUUAUAUAUACAUAUAUAUAUUGAUAUAACAUAAUCACAAAGGAAAGUUGUUAAAGUAUUAAGAACAUGCGCAAAAACAUAACGCAAUAGAAAAACACUUAUAACAUCACAUUCACGCAUGCUCAUUUGCUCAGACACACGAUUAUAUUUAGAAGAAAAAGACAAAAAAAAAAAAAAAGCAAAAACAAAGCAACCCAUACCUGCUGUUAUACGUUACUAUAUACCAUACUGUCAUAUAUAGAAUACAAAUCCAUAUUAUCGUAUUAGGUACCAUGAUAUAUAAUGAUGUACGUAUCACAUUCAUGAACCGGGGGAAUUAGGAAUUCCUACUUUUCUGUAGACAUUUUCAUUCGGAUAUGACACUUACAAUUAAUUGUCGCUAUUCGUUUCCACACAACAUGCUUAUAAAUAUACAUGAUGAUAAUAAUAUAUGCAUGAAAUGAAAAUGAAUAAAAAACUAAUGUUAGUAUAUGGGGAUAAAAACACAGUAAACGUUGUCGGAAGAGAGUGUAAUAAUUACAAUUAUCAACGUUUUUAGAUUAUAAAUGUUUGCUCUUUAGUUCGGAUUAUUUUGUCUUCUCUAAUGCUUUCGUCUUAAAUAAUAUGUCUCUUCCGCUUGACCAGAGUCAGCUGAAUCGCACAUGUACUUAACUAUGUUUAAAUAUCGUGAAAAAUGUUUUAAUACUUUGUGUUGUGUUCCGAUUUUUACUUGUAGAAGGUUUUAUUUAAUACAGGCAAUCAUUAUAUUAUCGGCAGCGGUGAUUAACUUACCAGUACUAGAACAAGAUUUAAUCCUUGACUGGAUUCAGAUACCUGGUAUGUUCUAUCACUGAAAUAGAACAAGUUGCGCUAAUAAUUAAUCUACUAUCUCUGCUCGAUUCCAGCUGGUCUGAUCGGAUGCACAGGCUCGUUCCGCACAGCAAUGUGAGCAUGCCAAUAAAUUAUUGUAUGUGAUCAGUAUACAUACUUUUAAUAAUAAUAUCAAUAAUAGCUAUUGUAAUAAUAAUAAUGAUGAUAAUGAUAAUAAUAAUAACAAUAAUAAUAA